CGCUUUUUAAGCUCAAGUUGCGUGGUUGCUAGGAGAGGGGAGGCCGCCAAGCCCGGGAUCGGCGGGUGGAGUGCAGAGUGUGAGGUUCCGGGCGGCGCGGGUCCUCGCUGCUCUGUGGUGUCGAUGACAGGUUCUACCACAGACAAUGAAGCACUAAGGAGAGUGACUGUCACACUGUAGUAACAUCUGGGCGAUGGCCAUUCAUGGCCUCAGUUGAGGCACAGGUGUACAUUGCUGAGCUUAGAGGUGAAGGUCGUCAGAGGCCAACUCCUGAUCCAGACAAACCCAGAAGUAACUGCCCUGCUGCAAAUCUCUGGAAGCUGAAGAGGGAGCAUGCCCAUUUGGCUCAUGAUCAUCGAUCUACUUACUACGUGUUCCCACGUCCUUACUGUUUGUUCUCCGGGCCCAGCAAAACCGCACCUUUAACACCGUCUCCUCCACCAACUGGAAGACGGUCGCUGCAUGACACCCUUGAAAGGACGUUGGUUUUCCAUAGAACUUCUAAAAAGCUAACAACUCCUUCCUUGGGGCCAAAGACAGAAAGCGAAAGGCUUAUCUCCACCCGCUACAAGUAUCCACCAAUCAGGCCUUUCCUUAAAUCUGCCAAAACUGAAAGUGCCAUGACGUCUUUGUUGGUAGAUCAGUUCCACCUGCCAAGUGCAGCUGGCGAGCUCCCUGAAGUUGCCAUUAGAAGACCUUCCAGUGUUGCAGCCAAGCUGACCUCAGAUCCGUCCAGGUCAGGCUUAAUUACCAACUCUUUCCUACGACCCGGCAGUGCUAAAGUGCCUUUACAUCCACAUGUAGACAAGAAGAAGAUGCCAAACCCACUGCAGGUUGGAGCAAAGUCUGCUUCCUGUCUUUCCAGCGAGAAAGGAGGCUUCGGCCAACCUAAUGGUCUAGUUCCUUCACUUCAUUACACUGGCGUUCGUGCACGGUCUACUUCUUCAUCCAGCAUCAUGGAGGGAAUGGCCAAAGUUGAGGAAGUUACGCGGCUUAAUCUCGAAAGUAAUAAAGUUGGCAGCUCUCCUCACAGAGGAGUCCAACUAACAGAGGCUGUGAGGCGCUUGACGGGGAGUCAUUUGCCCACUGGCUAUGAAGCACAACUUGAAAUUUCUACUAAAGCUGUGUGCCAAAAUGAUGAGACCUGUGCCACAGCACACCCCUCAUCACAUUCAGGCCACCAAAAAGACAUUGCACUGAGAAGCCUAGCAUCAGAGGGUCCAAGCCUUAACGAUGACAUCAGUGUUUCCAGCAUCUGCACCCAACAAGCCAGUGCCAGCCUUGAUGCCUUGGGAGGUGACUCAUACCUCCUUAACUCUGCUCACCUUCCAUCCUUGAAAAGUGAACCCUUACUGUCAGUGACUGGCGAGACGACUCAUGGAGGAAAUGUUACUGUGAUGGCUUCUCAGAUCUCAACUAUAUAUCUUAAUAAACCAUGUGAAGCUGUAGCAAGUAACCAAGACAUUACUGUGCCAAACUCUGAUGCUGAAGAGGAGCUUCCUGAAGGCCUGGAAGACAGCCAGGAUGAAGAGGAGGAUGAAGAAGAUCCUUCCAUUGUCCAUUCAGCCUCCACUACACCAUUAGCCGACAUUUCCAGGCAAUGUGAUCCUGGUAUGGACCCAGUGCCCCCAGAUGUGGAUUUAAUUGUGAGACCUGCCCUCACCCCAAGCCUGUUUCCCAACACUCCCUCAACUAUUUAUUUUGCCACUCAGGAUGAAAAAGUGGAGCUGAUGCCUUGGGCACAAAGAAAACUGAUGAAGUGGAAAAUGAGCACAGUCACCCCAAAUAUAGUGAAACAGACAGUGGCAAGGUCCCACUUCCAGAUCACAAAAAAGAAUCACGAUUGGUUGGGUUGCUGGGGUCAUCACAUGAAGUCCACAGGCUUCAAAGCUAUCCGAGACUACCAGAAGUUGAACCAUUUCCCAGGCACCUUUCAGAUUGGAAGGAAAGAUCGUCUGUGGAGAAACCUGUCCAAAAUGCUGGCUCGCUAUGGAAGGAAAGAAUUCAACUUCUUCCCCCAGUCCUUUGUGCUUCCUCAAGACAUCAAGCUGCUGAGAAAAGCCUGGGAGGAGGGUGGAACGCGGCAGAAAUGGAUUGUUAAGCCGCCCGCAUCAGCCAGAGGCAUGGGGAUCCAAGUUAUACAUAAAUGGAGCCAGCUUCCGAAGAAGAGACCACUGCUGGUACAGAGGUACCUGCACAAACCCUACCUCAUCAGCGGCAGCAAGUUUGACUUGCGGAUUUAUGUUUACGUCACGUCAUAUGACCCCCUCCGAGUGUACUUGUUUACAGACGGCCUGGUGCGAUUCGCCAGCUGCAAGUAUUCAUCAUCUAUGAAAAGCCUUAGCAACAAAUUCAUGCACUUGACAAACUACUCUGUGAAUAAAAAGAACGUGGAAUACAAGGCGAACGCGGAUGAGUCUGCCUGUCAGGGGCAUAAGUGGGCACUUAAGGCAUUGUGGAGCUACCUCAACCAGAAAGGUUUCAGCAGUGACAAAAUCUGGGAGAAGAUCAAAGAGAUGGUGAUCAAGACAAUUAUUGCCUCUGAGCCCUAUGUGAACAGCCUAAUGAAAAUGCACGUACAGAACCCAUACAGCUGCCAUGAACUUUUUGGUUUCGAUAUCAUGCUGGAUGAGAACCUGAAGCCGUGGGUCUUGGAAGUUAACAUCUCUCCGAGUCUGCAUUCUAAUUCUCCACUGGAUGUGAAGAUCAAAGGUCAGAUGAUCCGAGACCUCCUGAAUCUGGCCGGCUUCCUACUCCCCAGUAAAGAGGGCACGAGCUCCAGUAAUGGAAAUUCGAGCUCCAGUCUUUAUAGGAAGGAUCUUGGGCAUUCGCCAGAGACUCUGAAUGAGGAUAAGAUGAAACGGGCACAUUACCUCAGCCCUAAGGUGCCAGAUAAGGAUCUCUAUGCCACAGUGCUGGACCAGCUCACUCCAGAGGACGUGCGAGUCCUAGUGGAGACUGAAGAUGAACUCUCACGCUGUGGACAGUUUGAACGAGUCUUCCCUUCCGCCAUCUCCUCGCGAUAUUUGCGUUUCUUUGAACAACAACGUUAUUUCAAUAUUCUCACCAACCAGUGGGAGCAGAAGUACUAUGCCAACAGGGAGAAAGGACGAGAACUACUGGGAAGCUUAUGCUUGAUGAAUUAUCACACUGGUUCUGCUCCACACUCCUCUCUGAGAUCUCGCGGUCAGAGUGCAACGUGUCUGAAUGGCUACCACAAAGGGGAUGCUGCAAAAUCCAGAUUGCCACCUUCUCCAGAUGAACAACGGAAACAACUUAAGACUUCCCCUCUCCAUCAGAGUCCCGUGGUCCAUCAGCCGCAAGAUCUCAGCCCCAGCCCCCUCCUAUCUCAUAUUCUUUCCAAUGUGCCAGAAUCGGCAUUGGUGAUGUGAUGCGCGUCGCUCCAUGUCCUCUGCCCCACUUAAAAUCUACCUCAGUGGAUGAUGAGUUCUGACCGUACACACCGACCAAAACAUCUGUGACAAAGGUGCGGGGCAAGGAGGCAGACUGAUCGCUGUGCUUCCAGCAGAAAAUGCAAUACAGCAAGGAGCAAUCAAGACCGGAUUUCAUGUGUAUUUUUAUAACGUGUUAGUAAGUGCCUGGGAUGAAAGUGUCCGCUGUGAGUUGUGCUCCUUUCUAAUAAUUUCCAGCAGCGGGAUCAUUUGCCUUGUUUUGGGUUCUUGGUCUCAUGGGCUCCUUGAAUUGUCUUAUUCCACAUUCAUGGGGUACCUUAGUCCUAUGCACAGCCAGAUCCAGGCCUUAGAGUAGGGAAGAUGUUGUGGCUGAG